GACCUAUACCAAAUCUAUGGAUCAACUUUCUUUCCCAAAUUUUGUUAAUUAGGGUAAAGUCUAACACCUUCCGUGUGCAUGAAGCGGUGUUUGAGUCUGCGCGUGUUGGAGUUUCGGGCAAGCAAACGUAUACCAUGGGGACAUAAAUAGAACCCCAACUCUUCCGUUCUAUUCGGUUCCUGCGUCUGCAAACUGCGAACGAACUUCUUCACAUCAACUCCCUCCUCCCAGCCAUUUCCACCAGUUAACAAACCUUCUUUUUCUACUCUCUCUCUCUCUCUCUCUCUCUCUCUCACUUGCAUCCUCUCUACCUGUUUGUGAGAGAGACGAAGAAAUCAAUCCUUCGAAUCGAGCAAGCGCCGGCCAUUUUCUUUACUUCCUGUUGUAUUUCGAUUUGAGGUUUGUUCAUAUACAGAGCGAAGAAUUGAAGAAUGCUUGGUUACUGUCGUGGCAGGAACCGCCAUUGAUAGAUGAUUCUUUUAUCUGCUGCUUGAUCAUUGAAAACAACGCAUCGGAGUCUGAAAUAAUUGGCAAAAAACUUCGCGAUUCGUGCGGUUUCUGUUCUUCUCUUACUCGCAUCUUCGCGUUGUGUAUUGUUUAAUGGCUGCUCGUAGGCGCGUGGUUCAAAUCGGGGCUCAUUCUAGGCUUUGGUCAACGAAAAUUAAAGGAUUCGAUGGUUCUUCGUCUUUAAGUUCGCUUGCUGGAAGGGUCGUCGGCGGUAGGCAGAUAUCUCAGCUCGUAAAAGCUAACGGAAAUCGUGCAUUUCUUGUCGAUACGUUAGCACUGGUCAGGCGUUUAGAAGCACAAGGUGUACCAUCAAAACAAGCGGAAGCAAUAACAGCUGCUAUCACUGAAGUUUUGAAUGAUAGCUUGGAAAACGUGUCUCAAUCUUUUGUUUCAAAAGCAGAAAUGCAGAAGACUGAGAUGAUUCAAGAAUCCAAUCUGUCGAAGUUCAAAUCGCAAGUACAGAGUUCUCAGGAGCAUCAUUUUUCUUUGUUACAACGUGAAACAGAAAAACUUCGGAGUGACAUAGAUAAAAUGCGCAGUGAGUUGAGGUAUGAAAUUGACAAGGUCACUGCUGGGCAACGCCUGGAUUUAAACCUUGAAAGAGGGCGCAUACGCGAUGAGUUAGCCAAUCAAAAUGCAGAAACCACCAACCUAACUAACAAGCUAGACCGGGAAAUUCAUGCAUUGAGGGCCCACUUGGAAGCAGCAAAAUAUGACGUGAUCAAGUAUUGCAUAGGUACCCUCGUCUCAAUCUCUGCAGUUGGUCUUGCUGUAGUCCGCAUCUUGAUGUAGGGUUUGUGUACACUAGGGCAAUUAAAGGUGACAAUCCUUUAUUCUUUUUUUUUUUUUUUGAAAAAAAAAUUGCUUAAAUCAUUCUUAGUGGCGUUCAGCCCUUCAAAAAUUGGAAAAUUCAAUUGCAUUGUCAGACACCUGUUCUUCUAGAUAGAAAAUUGCCUAGUGGAUUUGGUUGAUAUUA